GUGCAAGGAGCCGAAGAGUUCUACGCAUUGCUUCGAAAAGGAGAAGCAAAAGCUUAAGAACCAGGAAGAGGUGGAAUUAUCUCAGCUGUAAGGCAAAUUCAAUAUGGCGGCGUCAUCUCACUUCCCGGGCCAAACCUGGUCAUCGCAGCCGUGCGUGGACCACGUUGCUCAAGGCUUUUCGUCGCGUCCAGCAGCGCAAGAUGCUUUCGAGGCCGGGCGACAGCAUACGCAACAACCUAUUGUCACGGGAACUUCCAUCCUUGGCAUUCGAUACAAAGACGGAGUCAUGAUGGCUGCCGACACGCUCGCUUCGUAUGGCAGUCUAGCAAGAUUCAUGGACGUACGGAGGCUUCACGAAGUUAGCCCAAAUACACUACUGGGAGCUAGUGGGGACAUGAGCGACUUUCAAUUCAUCCAGCACGAGCUUCAGAAGGUUAUGAUCCGCGAGUCGAAUGCAGCGGAUGGCCACACACUCUCGCCAAGCCAAGUUUACGCCUACCUCUCACGUUACAUGUACCAGCGGCGGUCUAAAGUGGACCCACUCUGGAACUCCUUCGUGGUCGGCGGCAUUGAUCAGAGCACGGGUGCCCCCUUCUUAGGCUAUGUCGAUCUCCUCGGCACCACAUAUGAGAGCACGACCAUUGCCACGGGCUUUGGCUUGCAUCUCGCUCAGCCACUGCUACGGAAAGCGGUGGAAGGUAGGGAGGACGAGCUGGAUGAGUCGCAAGCGAGGAGGAUCCUCGAGGACUGCAUGAAGGUUCUCUUCUACAGGGACGCGCGAAGCAUCAAUCGUUUCCAGAUCGCUACCAUCAACAAUGCAGGCAUCUCCAUUUCCGAACCCUUCUCGGCACCAACGAGCUGGGGCUUUGCGGAAGGCCUUAGGGGAUACGGUCCGCAGACGCAAUAGCCACAUGAAUCAUCAUGUAGAACAGCUCGUUGACUACACAAGUUCUUACGCAAAG